CGCCGCUCGCCCCGCUGGAGCAGGAAGGAGCCACAGUCGCCAACUUCCCCUCGGCCUCCCCUCCCCCGCUGCCGCCGCUUCCUCCCCCCCGCGCCCUGCCGCCGCCCCGCCAUGCCCGGGGCCGCGGCACGGGCACUCUGAGCCGCCGCCGCCGCGCCCCGGCCCGGCCCGCCUUCUCUUCGCAGCUGUGCGGCCGGUUAUUGCACUUAAGAAUGAACAUUGAAGACAAGCUGGGAGGAUUAUUUCUUAAAUGUGGUGGCAUAGACCAAAUGCAGUCAUCCAGGGCUAUGGUAGGGAUGGGUGCAGUAUCUGACCAGUCUGGAGUGUCGGGAGAGCGGCAAGAGGCAGUGCUUCAAGAUCGGACUAUGGCGCACCAAGAAAUUCUUGCAGCAGAUGAAGUGUUACAGGAGAGUGAACUUCGGCAGCAAGAGAUGAUUUCACAUGAUGAACUCAUGGUCCAUGAGGAGACGGUAAAAAAUGAUGAUGACAUCGAUGCACAAGAUAGACUUCCUCAAGGGCUGCAGUAUGCUGUUAAUGUCCCUAUCAGUGUAAAGCAAGAAAUUACCUUUACUGAUGCAUCUGAACAACAGAAACGAGACAAAAAACAAAUACGAGAGCCAGUAGAUUUGCAGAAAAAGAAGAAAAGAAAACAGCGUUCACCAGCAAAAAUCCUUACAAUAAAUGAGGAUGGAUCACUUGGUCUGAAAACCCACAAAUCUCAUGUUUGUGAGCAUUGCAAUGCUGCCUUUAGAACCAACUACCAUUUACAGAGACAUGUCUUCAUUCAUACAGGUGAAAAACCAUUUCAGUGCAGUCAGUGCGACAUGCGUUUCAUACAGAAGUACCUGCUACAGAGGCAUGAGAAGAUUCAUACUGGUGAAAAGCCAUUUCGUUGUGAUGAAUGUGGUAUGAGGUUUAUUCAGAAGUAUCACAUGGAAAGGCACAAAAGAACGCACAGUGGAGAGAAGCCUUACCAGUGUGAAUAUUGUUUGCAGUAUUUCUCCAGGACUGAUCGUGUGCUGAAACAUAAACGUAUGUGCCAUGAAAACCGAGACAAGAAACCGACCAGAAGUGCCACCAAAGUUGGCUUCUUGCCAUCAGAGGAAGAUUCUGGUUUCUCUACGCCUAUGAAAGACAGCUCCUUGCCAAAGAAGAAAAGGCAGAAAACAGAGAAAACAAAAUCUGGGGAUAAGGAAAGUGCAGAUAAAUUGGAACAGAAGAAGGACAAAAAUGACUAUUUGCCGUUGUACUCUUCUAGUACUAAAGUAAAAGAUGAAUAUAUGGUCGCGGAAUAUGCUGUUGAGAUGCCACAUUCUUCGGUCCAUGGAACGCACUUAGAAGAAGCAAACUCUGGAGAAAUACACCCACCUAAACUUGUUCUCAAAAAGGUUAACAGCAAGAGGAGUCUGAAACAGCCACUUGAGCAAAGUCAAACCAUUUCACCCUUAUCUACAUAUGAAGACAGCAAGGUUUCAAAGUAUGCCUUUGAUCUUGUGGAUAAGCAAAGUUUACUGGACUCUGAAGGUAAUGCUGACAUUGAUCAAGUUGACACAUUACAGGAAGGACCCAGUAAGCCUGUACACAGCAGCACUAAUUAUGAUGAUGCAAUGCAGUUCUUAAAGAAAAAGAGGUAUCUACAAGCAGCUAGUAAUAACAGUAGAGAAUAUGCCUUGAAUGUAAGUACCAUAGCAUCUCAACCUUCAGUAACACAGGCGGCUGUAGCCAGCGUCAUUGAUGAAACGGCUACAGCCUCAAUAUUAGACACACAGGCACUGAAUGUUGAAAUUAAAGGUAACCAUGACAAAAAUGUCAUUCCAGACGAGGUACUGCAGACUCUGCUAGAUCAUUAUUCACACAAGGCUAAUGGACAGCAUGAGAUAUCUUUCAGUGUGGCUGACACUGAGGUGACUUCCAGUAUAUCAAUCAAUUCUUCUGAAGUAUCUGAGGUCACCCAAUCUGAGACUGUUGGAACAAGCUCUCAAGCUUCCUCAUCAGAUAAAGCUAGUAUGUUACAAGAAUAUUCAAAGUUUUUACAACAAGCUUUGGACAGAACUAGCCAAAAUGAUGCCUAUUUGAACAACCCAAGCCUUAAUUUCGUGACUGAUAACCAGACUCUUACAACCCAGCCAGCAUUUCCUUCCAUGGAGAAGGUCUACACGUCUAUACCCGUCAAUAGCUUUCGAUCGGGAAUGAACUCUCCAUUAAGAACAACUCCAGACAAGUCUCAUUUUGGACUAAUUGUUGGUGAUUCACAGCACCCUUUUCCCUUUUCAGGUGAUGAGGCAAAUCAUUCUUCUUCCUCCUCUACACAGGACUUCUUGGAUCAAGUAACUUCUCAGAAGAAAGCAGAGGCACAGCCUGUUCAUCAAGCAUAUCAAAUUAGCUCCUUUGAGCAGCCCUUUAGAGCUCAGUACCAUGGGGCAAGAGCUGGAAUAUCAUCUCAGUUUAGCACUGCCAAUGGACAGGUGAACCUUCGGGGACCAGGGACAAGUGCUGAUUUCCCAGAAUUUCCCUUGGUGAAUGUAAAUGAUAGCAGAGCUGGGAUGACUUCUUCACCUGAUGCCACAACAGGCCAGACUUUUGGCUGAGAAAACUUUGUAAAUAAUACUGGCACUUUAGAACACAUUUGUCAAAUGGGGGUUGCUCUGUAUAAGAUGGAGUUCUGUACAGCUUUUAAGACCGCUAUGUUAAAACAAAACUAAGCUGAUACUAGCAAGACCAAUAACUGCUUCCAUUUUUUUUUCUUUAUUUUGUUAGUCAGCAGUUGUUGAACUGCCUGAUGUUGGUGCCCUUAUCAAAAGCAGUUUAUUAUUCACUUGUUUGAAUCCAGAAAAUAUUUUACCUUCUAUAAAAUUUUAAAUAAACAAAAUCCCCAGGUAAGACUUUCCCCCAUGAUUGUUUCCUCACUGGUUUUCUUCUAUUCUUUGGGAGGACAGUUUGUUGUCUGACACUAUUCAUAUUGUCAUUUCUAAGCUUGUCAGCAUAGUCAUUACUCUUCAGCAGGGAAUCAACAUGUACUGAACACACAGAAUAAACAAUAAGGUUCAAAGUCAGGCAAAUACGGCUUUAAAAGAUGUCAUUUUCUAAAGAAAGAAUCGUUUGCCCAUCUCUCUCAAAACUAAUUGUAGACCAUGUGCCCUUUUAUUUAUGCUUUGCAUUACCUUGUGUUUGGAGGAAAAAUUGAUUUCUGGUAGACUACUAUUUAAAAGUCUGAUUAAUUUAAAAUAUUUUAAACAGUUUUUUUAAAGCAAAAUGCCUAACUGCUAAAGCCUUUACUUCGUUCCCGAAGUAAUGUGUGUUUCUUUGUACAGCUGAAUCUAGAUAUAACUUUUAAAUUACUUCUCAUUCACAGAUAUCAAGAUUCUGGUUUUAGUUAAAAUACUUUGUAGCUGACAUUCCCAACUGCAUAAUGCCUACACAAAUUGUGUAUUCCAGGAUUUAAAAGCUUAAUUGUACCUUACCCUACAUACUCAUAAUGAUUAACAUAGAGCACUUAGUUAACUUCAUAGUUUUGAUUUCUCAAAAAAAUAAAACCAUUUUUAGGUCUGAUAUGGUUGCAUCAUUUUCAUCUCAUACAUUAAUUCUUUUCAGUAUACCUGAGAUUGGGUACUCUUAGCUUCCAUAAAAAACAUUUUAAUUCUCUUUCUAGAAUUUUGACAAUUCAGAUAAUUAAAUUUAUUGAAGUACCCCUGAAAGCUGAAGAAGUGGGCAUUCAAAUUCCCUGCCUUUUUAGUGUUUGCUUAGUGAAAGUCACUACAAUUUUACCAACCAGAACCGUUGAAUAAUGCUAGUAAACAGGAUUUCUUUUUCCAGCAUAGGGAAGUGAUCAGAAGUUUUCAUUGCAUUUCACCGUAUAAAUAAACUACCAAGUUUAUCCCUGUACCAUGAAUAUGUUUUUUUGAAUAGUACUUUGUCUUGAAGUAUACAGUAUGGUACGAUAAGUAGUUAUGUGUGCAUUUUUAAGGUGGUAAUAUUUGAGUAGCAUAACUAUUGUAUAGUUUAAGUUAACAAGUUACAGAUUUUGAACUGUAUGUUCAUUUUUUUUGCACCUUCCCUAAAGGGACACUGUCUGGUAGUUUAAGGCAGUUUAAGCCUAAUUUAGGCUGAUUAACCAGGGAAAAACACACACACACAUGUAUAUAUAGGUGUGUAUGUAUAUGGUGGUUGUGUUUCUUUUUUAAAUCAGUUUGCAUACAUCCUUUUAUAGCACUAUUGCUCGGUAGUAUCUCUCAGAGGAAACCAUCAGCUAGGAGAAAAGACUGCGUCUCAAGGGGCUAAAAUACAUCCUUCUUUUAAGAAAGGACUUUAGAAGAUCACACAGCAGUUCCCACCUCUUUGCAAAGCAGUAGCAAUAUUUUUCUUCAUUACUAGGAAACUCAUCCGUCUCUUUUCCCUAAUGGUAGCACUAUUUCAGCGCUUCCUUCACCUGGUGCCAUUGAGGGAGAAAGUAUGUUUAUUAUCCAUAGCUUGCUUCUUAUACUGACAAGAAAGACCAUUUAUGUAAACUUCUUAAUACUUUUGUAUAACAAAACAGCUUCUGUUUUGAUUCAUUGAUCCUGUGUAUAAUAUAGGAAGGUGUUUCAGCAUGCUAUGACUUGCCAGUAAUUUUGUCUGAGUAUUUGGCCCUGAGUUAUGAAGAAUGAGCAUCAAGGGAGAAAAGUAAAUUUCUUAUGGAUUAUUAAUGAUAUGUGUAAAGAAAUUUCUUUAAAGGAUAUUUUAAAACUGGUUCAUGUCUCUCUGUUUUUCUUCCUUUAUGGUCAGUUUGGAUUUUUGACUUUACAUUAUGUGUUGCACAGACACAACACAUCUGGCCCCAAUAUCCCUGGAAGCCACCUCUUGUAAUGCAUGUUUCGUUUUCAGUGUUUCAUUUACAUGACAUCUUAGCUUGUUGCUGCCUGAAUAAUACUGUGUUGGCAUCAUUGUUCUAAUGGCCUGUUGCUGCAAGUAGAUGGCCAUUAAUAAUAGUAUUUGUUAAAUACAACAAGCAGCAAAAGCUAAAAAGAAAAUAAAAAUAGCUGGAUGAUUACUGCACUUCUCUGGCCCCAUAGGAAGGUCAGAGGAACAAAACCUCCUCCCUGAGGAGCUUGACUCAGCUUUAUUUUCAAGUUACUACAUUGAUAGUAUGCUGUGAGGAAGUGACUGAGGAGUAGGAAGGAGUAGUUCUCACUCCCUGCCAUCUUCACACUUGGGAAUUACUUCUGGGGUGUGUGAGGGAACAAGUGCUCUUGGCUUCCAAGAGUGAAAGAACUUGCUCAGAACAAAGUGGCACUCACCUGGGGAACUGUUAUUCUUUAUGUUGCAGCUUAUUCUCUAGCCUGCUGCUGAGCCAUUACAGCUCUACUCCGUGCCUUAGGAUAGGUGUUGAAGUCCCUGUCUAGCCCAGAGACUGUCUUAUAGGAUUCUUCCAUGUGUACAAUUAAAGUGGUGGUGUGAGUAGUUAAUCCACUGAUACUUGAAGCUUUCUGUACUGCAGGAGAUAACCAACUGUACAGCAAUGAUUUCCCAAGUGUAUGCCCUCUUAUGAAAUAAGUGUGUAUGUAGUUCUGGGAGGUUUAACUAUGUAGGAAGUUUUUGCUUGUUAAUAAUUACAUUAUUUAGUAACAUUUUCCACUGCUGAUGUUUUGCUGCUUUUAAUCUGGUACAGAGUCACACUCUUCAUUUUGAUCUGGUCUGUACUCAUUUUUGUUAGUUUUCUGUGUGUAUCUGUGAAAAAGCAACUUUGUUUUUCUGUUCUUUUCAUAGGCUGAUACUGUUCAGUCAGUCCACAUAAAGCUGGGGUGAGCAUUUAUAUUCCACAGAUCUAACAAGAAUUGCUCUUCCUUAAAGGUCAUGCAAGCAGUGAGAGUGUGUGUGUGUGUGUUUGUGUGUAAGGUGGAAUUUUUGGGGGAUAUCUCCUAGUGAUAGAGCAAUGAUGAUUUUUAAAAGGAGGAAAUUGAUUACAUUUAUUACCAAACUAUGUGUGCAGUACAUAUAUAUAUAUACACACACAUAUUAAUAGACCAUAUUUUGGUCCUAAAUUACUUGACAGUGUCCCUUUUUAGCAUGAACCCUUUGAUAUGUUUUACCAUUAAUAUAACAGCCAAUGAAGGAAUCAUAAUGGUAUACUAAUAGGCAUUUACAUUUUCUUCAUUUGAUUUGAGAAUGAAUUAAUCAUAAAUUACAAGGUUUGGGGAGAAGGAUUAAUCAUGUGUUACUGUAUGUUGGUUUACGAAUAUCAACCUAAACAAUUUAAAUCGGAUGAUAAAAGAACUAUGUUUAUGAUCUUAUGUCUCCUAGUGUUGUCUUUAGGAAAAUGGUGUUUCGAGAAGAAAAUAGGGCGAGAAAGUAUUCAUGUGAAAUGACACUUGCAUUAAUUUUAGAUUAUACUUGUCAAUUUUUUGGAUGAUGGGAGCUUGCCAUUGUUAAUUGAGAAGUACAGUAAAAUCUUGCUAAUUCGCUGACCACUAAUCAGAGCAUCCAACAGGUUUAUACAUCCCCUAUGGUCUCUUCCCCACCUCUCUGCAAUAGUCUAAAAAGUACUGUAGCGAGGUCUGAUAUUAGAAAUACUGUAUGACUUCACCCAAGUAUACUACAGAAUUUAUACAAGUAUACUGGGAGGUAGAAGAAGUAUUGAAAACUAAAUUACAGUUGUCAAAAUAAAUGAACAAAGUACAUUUUAUGAUGUGACAUCCUUGCUUUCAUUGCCUGCUUCUUCACUAUUUUCAGAAUUAUCAUUUGUAAAGGGUUUCUAAGCCAUUGCUGCAAAUUAUUGGGGUUCUACUAUAACUUUUGGAGUUUAUUCUAAAGUAUACAUGUUCUCCUAUGAAAAAUUUCCACCUGGACAGAUACAUUAUAUACCAUGCUUGUUCAGAAUAUUUUUAUAGUAUUUGUAUCAUAUGUAGUAACUAUUUGAAAUUGACCAGAAUAUUUGGAUGAAUUCACUCUGAAUUUUGCAGCAUUGGACUACUUUAUGUAUGUAUAUUUGCUAACUAAAUUUUCUUGGCUUUGAGAGCUUUGAUUUUUUUUUUUUAUUCUCUGGUUGCUUGUUUUAAUAUCAUUACAACUCAGAGGGAAAAAACUAAUACUCCUGGGAAUCCGUUUGAAAGUUUUAACGGGCAGAAAUAUGUUUAUGCAAGUCGGUACCAGUCCACAUGUGAACUUUCAAAUUACAUGGUCGGUACUGAAGCAAACAAGUAACGUUACAGUUUCCUAGUGUUAUUUUUUUUUUUACUAAAAUGAAGCCUUGUAACUUUGAAAGUUCAUUCAACUUACGGUAAUGCAUGUUUAUGUUAGGCAUGUAAUGCAUUUAGCUAUAACUCACUUUGCAAAGGACAAGUACUGAGAAAGUAUUACUGCUAAUGGAAAGAUGUCUUUAAAUUAAAAUUUAAGGUUUUGUCCAGUUUUAAUUUGCUGUGUGUCAGGGAAAUAAAUUUAUAGUCGCUUUUGCUCUACUUGACAUAUAAAACCUUGUUUCCUUUAUAAAAUUACAUCUUCUGGUAGGAAACACAAACUGAGGCAAGAAAACAUUUCUAAGAGUUGUUUCUUGCCUUCCUUAAUCCAAUGGAUGGAAAGGUAAUAUUGUGUAAACAACAUUAUUUUAUUUUUUUAUGCAAUAUCAUGCUGUAAAUAUGAUUUAUCAAAUAAGGAUGUACCUAUGAUUGAAUCUUUGAUUCUGCACAGCUAGAGUUUAUAUAUAAAUAUAAAUGUGUCUUGACAA